UGACGUCAUCAAACGGGAAGUGAGCUCGUUGUUCUCCAUGGUUGCUGCCUGGCUGCGGUGCGGGAGGCUCGCGGACCAAAACAACUCUUCCUCUCCUCUUCUUCCUCCUCGCGGACCAUGGACGGGAAUCAGCGUUCACUUCCUCCGUCAGCUGCUCUGAGAACAUGAGCACCUCCAACCUGUCCACAGUGGAUGGCACUGAUAGGCUGUGUGUUUCUGAGCACGCUCAGUGCAUCCCGUCUCAGGUCCUUCACCUGCAUCAGCUUCCUGUUGACGUCUCUGAACAGGAAGUGCUCGCUCUGGCGCUUCCUUUUGGCCGAGUUAGUAAGCUGAUAACACUGAAGACCAAAAACCAGGCGUUUUUAGAAAUGGCGUCAGAGGAAGCGGCUGUUACCAUGGUGAACUACUACACCUCAGCCCCGCCUACUGUCAGGAACCAGCCAAUCUUCAUUCAGUACUCCACCCACCGUGAGCUCAAGACAGACAAUCUGACCAAUCAGAGAGCAGCACUGCAGGCCAUCAGUGCACCAGCAGUGCAUUCUGGGAACAUGGCGUCAGGUGGAGAGGAGCGGGGCUUAGGGCCUGGUCAGAGUCCCGUCCUGAGAAUCAUCGUAGAGAAUUUAUUUUAUCCGGUUACACUGGAGGUCCUGCAGCAGAUCUUCAGUAAGUUCGGUUCGGUGUUGAAGAUCAUCACAUUCACCAGGAACAAUCAGUUUCAGGCUCUGCUGCAGUUCAGUGACACCGUGCACGCUCAGCACGCCAAGGCUUCACUGGACGGUCAGAACAUCUAUAACGGCUGCUGCACGCUGAGGAUCGACUUCUCCAAACUGAGCGUGCUCAACGUGAAGUACAACAACGACAAGAGUCGUGACUUCACCAGAGCUGACCUCCCAACAGGAGAGCUGGACCCCGCCGCUACCUUCGGUGUAGCUCUCCCUCCGUACGGAGCUGCAGCUUUCCCACCAACUUUCCACCAACACACAGGUCUGUCGAUGGCAGCCGUCCCUGGCUCGUUGGUGUCUCCUCCUCGUGUCUCGCUGCAGGUGGCGCCUCCUGCUGGUCACUCUGUGCUGCUUGUGUCCAACCUGAACCCAGAGAGCGUCUCUCCUCACUGCCUCUUCAUCCUGUUUGGUGUUUACGGGGAUGUUCAGAGAGUGAAGAUCCUCUUCAACAAGAAGGAGAACGCUCUGGUUCAGAUGAGCGACGCCACUCAGGCUCAGCUCGCGAUGAGUCACUUGAACGGGCAGCGUCUCCAUGGUAACGUGAUUCGGGUGAUGCUGUCCAAACACCCAGUGGUGCAGCUGCCUCGUGGGGGGGCGGGGCAAGAAGAGCAGGCGCUGACUCGAGACUUCUCAGGCUCUGCCCUCCACCGCUUUAAGAAACCUGGAUCCAAAAAUUUUAACAAUAUCUUCCCUCCGUCGGCCACGCUGCACCUUUCCAACAUCCCCUCCUCGGUCAGCGAGGACGUGUUGAAGGACCUGUUCUCCUCCACUGGCUUCACGGUCAAAGCCUUCAAGUUUUUCCAGAAGGACAGGAAGAUGGCGCUGAUGCAGCUGGCGUCGGUGGAGGAAGCUAUCGAGGCUCUGAUCGCUCUGCACGACCACCAGCUGGACCACAACCAGCACCUCCGAGUCUCCUUCUCCAAGUCCACUAUCUGACCUUCAAAUCUCCAAGUCCACCACCUGCCCCCCGAGUCUCCAGGUCCACAAUCUGACCUUAGAAUCUCCAAGUCCACCAUCUGACCUUCAAAUCUCCAAGUCCACCAUCUGACCUCUGAGUCUCCCCCCUCCUACUUUUUGACCCGUCUGUAUGACCUUUGACCUUUGGAGCCAAUGAGCUAACCAGACUUAGGGGCUUCUGAUUGGCCCAUGGUGGGAACAAAGGGACCAAUGGGAGAGCCCCAACACCACUAAGCUUUCUGUGCCUACAAACACUCUGACAUCACUGUGAUGGAUGAUGUCACAAUGAGGGGGCGUGGCCAUGGUUACAGAGGUUACAGAGCACAUUCGCAAGCAGACUGAGCUCCCAGUAGCAAUGCUUUGUGGGUAACGGAGUCAAACAAGGCGCUGAUGUGAGUUGAACUUCUUUCUUCUAAAUGUUAAAUUAUCGUCAUGAAAAAAAAACAUUUUUUGUUAAAAAAAACAACUUUCAAAUUAAAACGUGAUGUUUUUUUCUUUAAAUCUCUGAUGAAAAAAAUAUUUAAUAUUUAGUGUCUCUUUAUUUUUUUAUUUAAAGUUACUCAACAUGAAUACAAAUAAAAUCAGUAAAAUAAAGUUAUUUAUUUAGAUUUUUUUUUUUUUUUUACGACAGAAGCAAAUUAUUUUCUCCAGUUUACAAAUCUUUGAGGUUUUUUUUUUUUGUUUGUUUUUAAUUGUUUAUAUUCUGAACUGCCUUUUCAUGAACUCCUGGAAAACAAAUGGUGAAAUUUAAGAAAAGAUCUUUGAAAUGCAAAAACAUUGACUGAUUAACAGCUUUUCGAAUCUUCAGCGACGUGCCUUUCACGCCGGCACUCGAUUCUACCGUCUGAUUAUUUUGGUUCCUGCUGUUGUGGAGUGUUAGCGGGCUGCGAGCUCAACCAACUUCUUCUGUGCCUUAUUUUCCUGCUGGUUUUUGAUUUUUUACCUGGUGUUUGGGUGGAGGUUCAGUGGCGGGUUGUCUUGAUCUCACUUUAGAAUUUUUUGUAAAAUUAAUUUUGUUUGAAAUUAAUUUGUGUUUAAUGUCGUAACGUUGGUAUCUAUGUUUCGGGAAUGUUUUUUUAAUCAUGAAUGUGUUUAUACUGUACAACAUGAAAUGCUUUCGAAGCCCCGCCCACCUGUUGUACCUGCGUGUGUGUAUUUAUACGUGUGUGUACAUACAUAUAUAUAUAUAUAUAUAUAUAUAUAUAUAUAUACAUAUACAUAUUUGUGUGUGUGUGUGUCAGUCGAGCUGUGAUUGGUUGAUCUUCAAAUGUCAGACCUUCUUUUUUUCUAUUAAAAAUAUAUUUAAUUCAAGUCCAGCUCUUGUUUUUGGAAAAUCUUUAGGUUUUAUUUUAAUUUCAUGUUUGGAUUUUUUUGGUGUCGAUGAUUUUCUUUAAACAGGAAACAAGCCACAGAAAAACAGGAAGCUGCCGAUUCCCAGUUUGCCUUCUGACCUUUGACCUUGUGACCAGAGCUGAUUGGGUUCAAUAUGAAAUAUUGUUUUUUUGUGUUUACUUGAAAGUUUUGUUUUGUUUUGUGAUAAAAUGCAACAAAUUAUUUUCAUCUGUUUCAAUUAAACUGUGUUUUUUAAUUUUG